CGUCUCCUGAGCAGCGGCGGAAAGGGCCGGAGCUGGGAGGGCGGGCGCCGAGCGCUGGCGGGGCCAGGAGGGGCAGCCAUGCUCUUGUCUGGGGGUAGACCCCCAGCGCAGGAAUGGUUCAUGGUGCAGUCAAAAUCAAAGCCUCGGGUGCACCGACAGCGGCUCCAAGUGCAGCGCAUCUUCAGGGUCAAGGUGAAUGCCUUCCAGAGCCGCCCCGACACCCCCUACUUCUGGCUGCAGCUGGAGGGGCCUCGGGAGAACACGGGCAAAGCCAAGGAAUAUCUGAAGGGUCUGUGCAGCCCAGAGCUGUGGAAGGAGGUCCGCUAUCCACCAGUCCUGCACUGCGCCUUCCUUGGGGCACAAGGCUUAUUCCUGGACUGCCUCUGCUGGAGUACUCUGGCUUACCUGGUGCCUGGUCCCCCUGGCUCCCUGAUGGUGGGCGGGCUGACUGAGUCUUUCACCAUGACACAGAACUGGCUGGAGGAGCUGGUGGCACGUCUACGCUGGGGCCCUGCCCCUAUGGUUACCCCCCGGGGGGGUUGGGAAACAGAGGUGACCCGGGCUUUUGGGGCCCUGGUGUGGAUCCGUGGUGACAAGUAUUCAGGAGACCUGCUGCAGCUUCCCCCAGCAGUCCAGGAGCUGCUCCUCAGCCUGGUUCGAGAUGCCGCUGGCAAGGAAGACAUCAUUGAGUGGCUCAGCCACUCUGGCAUCUCCAGUACCUGCUCUAGCCCAGAGGUGCUGAUCUUCCCUGCCCAGCAGCAGAAGGAAGGCUCAUCCCUGGUGACUAUAGGAGAGAGCCCUGGACCCUUCCUAGAGAUAGGAACCUCGAAUCAGGCUUCAGAAAAUUCUAAGAGAUUAACUAGUUUGGGAGCAGCUGGAUCCCUGAUCCCAGCCCGGAGCACUGAGCAGGAGACAGGAUACCAGCUAGUACAGAUCCGUUCCAACAAGCAAGGUGAUAUGAGCAGUGCUCAAGAGGAAGGGCCCGUUGUGCAGGCCAUCAGCAGCCAGGACUCCGCAAAUCCCACACGAGCCCCCUUGCAGCAAAGGCAGGUACCGAGGAUGGAAGAUAGAAUCCCAUUGCCGUCAUCAGUGUCAACCUUGAGCGUGUGUCCAUCCUGGAAGUCUCGGGCCCCAGGGCCAGCCUUUGGGCCGUUGUGGCCAGGGACCAUUGCUGCGACUUUCUGGAAGAUCAAUGAACUGCAUUCCCUUCACCUGGCCUGGCUCCUAUCCCAGGCUUGCUUCAGUUUCCCAUUCUGGCAGAGACCCAUGGGCCCCAUUCAGCUGAAGCUGCCAGGACAGAGUCCUUUGCCCUUAAACCUGGAGUGGAAACCGAAAGAGCUGACUCCUCUCCCCAGUAUAGAAAACCAGCCUUGUAGAGAAGACGGGGAGCUAGGAAAGGAGACAGCCCUAGAGCAUAACCCGAGGCCAGAGACCUCCACAGAAGCCGUCAGUUUAUCGGUGGUGCCAGCGGAUUGUGCCAUCAAAGAGGUUGUUAGCUCAGGACUUCCACAAGCAGGGCCAUCUUUGACAUCUAUACCCCAAGCUGCUGUCGAGCAGGACGCUGAAAGAAGUGUGUUGUCAGAUUGUAAAGGCCUAGAAAAGUUACCCUCUUCAGCUCUGCCCACCGAGCAAAGGGGGCCCACACCUCAAGAGAGGCCAGUGGCUCAAGCGGGGAUGCCAGGCCAAUCAGUACCCAAAGCUCCAACCGUGUCUGAAACUCUUGAAAUGCCCAUGGCAACAACAGGGUCCAAAGUUGAACACCCACCCACCGAGGAAGGGCUGCCUGCAGCUCCCAAAGUGCCUCCAGCCCUAAAUAAGUCAGCAGCUCCUGUGGCGCCCACAGCCCAAAAACCAAUGGCGGGUCAACCAGCAGCUCCUGUGGCACCCACAGCACAAAAACCAAUGGCGAGUCAACCAGCAGCCCCUGUGGCACCCACAGCUCCCAAAGCAGCAGCAGGCCAACCAGCAGCUCCUGAGGCACCCACAACUCCCCAGACUCCUACAGCUCAGAAAAUGCCUUCAGUCAAAACACCUGCAGGCUCCCAAACCCCCAAAAUUCAAACUGGGAAUGCUGCUAAAGCAGGUUCUGUGACUCCCAAAACACAGUCGACCACCAAAGCACCUGGAGCUUCUAAAGCCUCCGGAGCUGGAGUGUCUAAAACGUCUGCAGCCCAGAAGGGGUCCACCGUUGCAGGACCGGCCUCGGAUGUAGCCAAACUCCUGAGUGAGGCCCAGGCUUCGAAGAGUAGAGGUGCGGUGCCAAAGGGUCAGGGCAAGGCUGGAAGGCAGACUCUCCAGGCCAGUAGCACCGUGGCCUCCAGAAAUAAACAUCAAUUCCUGAAGGAAGGCAUCCUUGGGGCUUGGGAGGACGCCCAGAGGCAGUCACCUCACCACCCACAGGCCAACAGCACAGUGACCAGCUUCCAGAGGUACCAUGAGGCGUUGGACACACCCUUCGAGUUGAACUUGUCCGGGGAGCCUGGGAAUCCAGGGCUGCGGAGAGUGGUCAUCGAUGGUAGCAGCGUGGCCAUGGUACACGGCCUCCAGCACUUUUUCUCCUGUCGGGGCAUCGCCAUGGCGGUGCAGUAUUUCUGGAAUCGAGGACACCGAGAGGUCACAGUGUUUGUACCCACCUGGCAGUUGAAGAAGACCCGGAGGGUGAGAGAGAGCCACUUUCUGACGCAGCUCCACUCACUCAAGAUGCUUUCCAUCACGCCCUCUCAGCUGGAAAAUGGCAAGAAGAUCACCACCUAUGAUUACAGGUUCAUGGUAAAGCUGGCAGAGGAGACAGAUGGAAUCAUCGUCACGAACGAGCAGAUUCAUAGCCUAGUGAACAAUUCCAAGAAACUGAUGAUCAAAGAUCGCCUGCUGCCCUUCACCUUUGCGGGGAAUCUCUUCAUGGUACCAGAUGACCCCCUGGGCCGUGAUGGCCCCACCUUGGAUGAGUUUCUGAAGAAGCCGAACAGGUUGGACAUGGACAUCGGCAAUUUCCUGAAGGUGUGGAAGACCAUUCCGCCCAGCUCAGCCAGAAUCUCUGAGUUGAGUGACGACGCUGAUCCUGAGCCAUUGGUGGGGCCACAGAAUGUGGAAGCGGUCAGGGAGACGAGGGAGGAAAGCCUGGAAGAGGAGCUGGUGGAGGAGCCAGAAAUAUCAAAGCCUGAUGAGCAAGAUGACCAUGACUCUUCCCUCGUGUCGGCGUUUGGAGAAGAAUGCCUUUCCUUUCCUGAGGAAAUCCUCUGGUGUCUCAGCCCGCAUGACCCCUCUGAGGGGGCUUUAGACAUUGACCUUUUGCCAGUGGUAUCCUCCCCCUACCUGGAUGUCCCCUGGGAUGGAAAGGCUCCCUCUCAACAAGUUCUUGCCCAGCUCGCUCAGCUCACCAUCCCUAACAACUUUACCACACUGUCUUUUUUUAUGGGCUUUAUGGAUUCCCACCGGGAUGCUAUUCCUGACUAUGAAGUCCUUGUGGGCCCCCUGCACAGCCUCCUCAAGCAGAAGCCAGACUGGCAGUGGAACCAGGAGCAUGAGAAGGCCUUCCUGGCCCUGAAACGGGCCUUAGUGUCCGCCCUCUGCCUGUUAACCCCCAACUCCCAUCUGCCCUUCUACCUGGAAGUGACCGUCAGCCAGGUGUCACUGACGGCCACCCUACAGCAGGAGCACUCAGGAAGGAAGCACCCCAUCGCCUAUACCUCGAAACCUCUCCUCCCUGAUGAGGACAGCGAGGGUCCUCAGUCAGGGGGGGACAGCCCCUAUGCUGUGGCUUGGGCCCUCAAACACUUCUCCCGGUGCAUUGGAGACAGCCCAGUGGUUCUGCGUCUUUCCUACGCCUCUCGGACCACGGUCGACAAUGAGGCGCGGGAAAGCUGUAGGGUUUCCAAAGCCUGGUUGAUUCGGUGGUCUCUCUUGGUGCAGGACAAAGGCAAGAGGGAACUGGAAUUGGCCCUUCUCCAGGGCCUGCUGGGGGAAAACCAGCUGCUGACACCGGCUGCCUCGAUGCCUCGAGUUUUCCAGCUUCUGCCUCCUUUGACUGACCUGUCUGCUUUUAUCUGCAUCCAUAUAUCUGGCUAUUGCUUCUACCGUGACGAUGAGCUGUGUGCUGGCUUUGGUCUCUACAUCUUGUCUCCCACCAGCCCCCCGGUCUCCCUCACCUUUUCCUGUUCCCCUUAUUCACUCACCUAUGCCCACCUGGCAGCUGUGGCCUGUGGCCUAGAGCGCUUUGGCCAGCCCCACCUGCCGGUAGUUUUCCUCACCCACUGCAACUGGAUCUUCAGCAUCCUCUGGGAGCUCCUGCCGCUCUGGAAAGCCCGGGGCUUCCUCUCAUCUGAUGGGGCUCCGCUACCUCAUCCGAGCUUGCUCUCCUAUAUUCUGUCUCUCGCUUCUGGCUUCUCAUCCCUCCCCUUUAUCUACCGAACCUCUUAUCGGGGCUCUCUGUUUGCUGUGACAGUGGAUAAUUUGGCCAAGCAGGGUGCCCAAGGGGGCGGGCAGUGGUGGGAUUUGCCGAAGGAUGUGCCAGCGCCAAUGGUGACCCCCCACACUAAAGGCAGGAAGCCUAACUUGCUGGCCUUACAGCUGAGUGACGGCACCUUGGCCGAUAUCAUUGCCAAGCUGCAGGCAGGGCAGAAAUUGCCCGGGUCAUCGCCGUUCAGUUCUGCCUUUCACUCACUCAGCCUUGACAAAGACAGUGGCUUGCUUAUGUUCAAAGGGGAAAAGCAUCCCAGGGUCUGGGUAGUCCCAAGGCAACUUCGGAGGGAUCUGAUUUUUUCUGUGCAUGACAUCCCCUUGGGGGGGCACCAGAGGGCGGAGGAGACUUAUAAGAAGUUGCGGUUGCUGGGAUGGUGGCCGGGGAUGCAGGAGCACGUGAGGGAUCACUGCAGGAGCUGUUUGUUUUGCAUUCCCCGAAAUCUCACAGGUGGGGAGUUAAAAGUUAUUGAGUCCCCGUGGCCUCUCAGGUCAACGGCUCCCUGGUCGAGGCUGCAGAUCGAGGUGGUGGGUCCGGUCACCGUGAGUGAGGAGGGUCAUAAGCACGUGCUCAUUGUGGCGGAUGCCAAUACCCGGUGGGUGGAGGCAUUCCCUCUGAAGCCCUAUACACACAUGGCUGUGGCCCAGGUGUUACUGCAGCACGUGUUUGCAAGAUGGGGUGUGCCCAUAAGGCUGGAGGCAGCCCAAGGCCCCCAGUUUGCCCGGCAUGUCCUGGUGAGCUGUGGGCUGGCCCUAGGAGCCCAGGUGACCACGCUGAGUAGGGCUCUCCAGUUCCCCUGUUUAAUGAGUUCAGAGGCCUACUGGGAAUUCAAGAGGGCCCUGAAGGAGUUCAUCUUCCUGCAUGGCAAAAAGUGGGCAAGCUCCCUUCCCUUACUGCACCUGGCCUUUCGGGCCUCCACCCCAGAUGCCACCCCAUACCAGGUCCUGACUGGGGGUGAGGUGAGGCUGAGGGAGCCCCUGUGGUGGGAGAUGAGCAGUGCAAACAUUGAGGGGCUCAAGAUGGAUGCUUUCUUGCUGCGGCUGAUGCGGGAGCUGUUGGACCUCCACUGGCGGGUGGCAGAAAAAGAAAGUGAAAGGGCUGAGAAUAGACGGUUCAAGAGGGAGACCCAGGAGAAGGAGUGGAAUGUGGGUGACCAGGUCCUCUUGUUGUCUCUCCCCAAGAAUGGCAGCAGUGCCAAAUGGGUGGGUCCCUUCUAUAUCGGGGACCGGUUGAGCCUAUCCCUCUAUAGGGUGUGGGGUUUCCCGACCCCAGAGAAGCUGGGGUGUGUCUAUCCUAGCAGUCUAAUGAAGGGCUUUGCCAUCAGCGACACAGCCCUGUCCCUCAAUGUGCCCCUCAACGACUUGGAGCAGUGAGAUGGAGCCGUCAGGGAGCCCUGUGCUCCAGGGGUCUGGGUUUCUGCUGCUAGGCUCCCCUCUGUUCCAGGGGUCUGGGUUUCUGCUGCUAGGCUCCCCUCUGUUCCAGGGGUCUGGGUUUCUGCUGCUAGGCUCCCCUCUGCUCUAAGAAAUGCUCUUAGCUCUUUGGGGCCCUCGGUUGUGCCUUGUGUGGAGAAGUUGCUUCAAAAAGCUUUGCUGAAUCGCCUUGACCUAGGGAUGAAUGUCCCUAUGGAAACAUCCCCAGCUUAGGGUUUUUGGAAACCUCGCCAAAGGUUGUCAUAUGUGGGCUGUGGCAGUUUUACACUUGGGAGCAGAAAGUCUCCUUACUAAAGUAGGCCAGGCUCACAGUCUUCCCCAAGUGCCGUCUUGUCCCUUCAUACACAUGCAGGCGUAUAUUGGUGUGUGCACCCCUCCCCCCCAAUAGCUUAAACCUGGUAUGCUUCAUAGUGUGGAUCUGGCAGUGGGUAACACCGCUCGCUCUCAUGUGAGGACCUCCCCUUACACCAUGGGCUAGGUGAGCCUUUGCCCUUGGAGUUUUCAGUGGCACAGACACACGCUGGCAGCGGAGUGGCAGGGGUGGGGUGUGAGUGGGUGGGUGGGGGUGAGGGGUGCGGGACACACGCAGCAGCUCUCCGGUCAGCUUCCUUUGCCUUCUCAGCUGUCAAGAAAGGGUUUUAGCCUUCAUGUGCCUCCAGGACGAUGGCACCUACCUGUGUAAGGGGAAGGGAUGGUGGAAGGGGAUAAGUUGGCCUACCUCAUUUGAUUUCAGUUAAGGGAGAUGAUUCCUGACCCCUGCUGUGACGGUGAUCACCUCACCGAAAUCACGGACCUCGGUGCCAAGUGGGGCACCUCUAUUGGAAGCUGCUUCUGUUAGGUCAAGUGGUGCCCAAGCUUUGCUUCAAGGGGAGGGCAUCGACAUGGGUAGUUUGACACGUGGCCAGGUUCUGGGUAGCUUUACCUCUUAUUCUUCCCCUCCCAAAGCCCACAGCCGUCUCCGGCCUGCACGGUGCCCAUCUCCUUAGACGCCAUGGGACUGCUGUGUGGUGAGCCGCUGCAGCGCUCUUGACGGGCCUUUGAGUAGAGCUCCGUUAGAGCCAGCCACGCAGUGGGCACUCCGGCAGUGAGCAAUCCCGAAGUGAAGUGGGCACGGGCCUCUCGUAGACAUGAGCGCUCCUCACCCCUCUGCAUGUCCACACUGCUGAGCUGUCAGUCUGCAGAGGAAGGCGGCACCAUGCUACUCUGGCUCAUUCCUGCAGGAGUUUUCCAGCCCAGUGCAGGACAGGACAUCGCAGAGUGCCGGGGCCAGAGAAGUUGCCAUUGAAUCCAGCUUGUUUCACAGCAGAGGCAGGAGGGCCAAAGUGGGGAAAUGGCUUGUCCAAAGUCACACAGCUGGGCGGUGGCUGAGGUGGGACCCGGAUGAACCUUCCUGACUUCCAGUUCAUCGUGACAGGAGUUCUGGCAACAGGUUCAAGCAGGAGAAUCCUUCCAGAUUGUGGACCUCCAUUCCCUUUGAUGCCAUUUCCCAACUUUCCUAGAUAAACGACCUGGAUGCUGUUCUUCAGCCAAUCCAGCUGUCAACCCUGCCCAGGAGUGAAUGCUGGGCACUGCCCAAGACGCUGGCCGGUUAGCUGUAGUGUUUUUAGCAGGUACUGUAUUUCUGCACCUGUGCCUCUUUCCCACCUUGUCGCCUAGUGUGCCAGCUCUCACACCCAGGGCUGUAUUCAAACCCCUCUUCCUGUCAAGUACAAUUUUUAUCAUGUGCUCUUUCAAGUGAUUUUCAUUCUAUUUUUCAAUAAAUCAAUUAAAAUG